AUGGCGUAUAACAAUCGAAUGAGCCAGCAGUUCAACAGAAACCAGCAACAGCAGGGCAGAGGUCGCAAGAAGGAGGAUGAGAACGAUGCGUUGAUGCGCCUGCCCGAUAAAGAAAUUGCAGGAUGUAUCAACGAUAUCGGGAUCCCGUUUAACACGGCUGACCUGGUUAAGCCGAAUCCGCAACAAAUCCAGAUGGUGAUGGAAUGGUUUGCAGAGCUCCUGAUGAACGUCACUCGCGAGACAGUUGAGCCUGCUAUGCGCGCAGCGGCGGACGACGUUGGCGGUGAUUAUCCGGACCUUGUCCCCAAUGAUACGCGAAAUCUCAUGGGUUUCUUUAUUAGCUUACGGAGACUGAUGAUGGAGUGUGGUGUCAACGAUUUCACAUUUUCGGACCUAACAAGACCUACGCAUGACCGACUCAUCAAGAUCUUCUCGUAUCUCAUCAAUUUCGUUAGAUUCCGCGAGUCGCAGACCGCCGUCAUCGAUGAACACUUCAACAAAUCGGAAAAGACAAAAGCGCGUAUUGACACCCUAUACAUGGAGAAUCAGGAAAUGGAGCAACGACUCGAGGAAAUGCGGCGAAAUCUCAAAGCCAACGAGGGGCAAGUAAAGGAGAAAGUCAGGCGAAACGAUGAGCUGAAAUCGCGGCUGCUCGAAUUGAGACGAAACCAAGAGCGGGUCGCGGAGGCUCUGGAACGAGCCAAGACCGACAAAGCAAGGCGUCAGACUUUGUUGGAAGAGAAGACCGAGAAGGUCGUGCGCAGUCGACAAGAAGUGGAGAAGCUCCGGCCGUAUGUUCUGGAGAGCCCGGCCACACUCCAGUCUUCGUUAGGCGAAUUGUCGGAGAACUUGAUGCGUGAUAAGGCUCAAAUAGAUUCCAUGGAGAAAAGAGCGCGAGCCCUGCAGACUUCGUCGGAUACAUUUACGGUUGUCGGGAACGAUGUGCAAGCAUGCGUCAAGCUGCUUGAGGACAUCGCCGUGGAGCUGCAGAAGGAGGAGGAUGAAGAAUCAAGAGCUUCACGAAAUAGGGAAGCCAUUUCGGAACGGGGGAACAAUGUUAGAGAAGUGGAGCAAACGGAGAAGUUGCUGCAGCGCCAACUUGCACGGUGGAAUGAGCGGAUCGAAGCAUUGCGCAAGAACGCCCAAGAGAAGGCAGAGGCGGCGCAAGCGCAGAUGGAGGAGCUCCGCAACGUCCAGAAGCAGCUCCGUGAAGAGCGUGCGGAGAAGCAACGUGACAUGGAGAGGAGAAGAAUCCGGAUAGAGCAGACAGAGAAGAAGAUGGCCGAUCUCAAAGAGAACAUCGAAAGUGAGAUUCAAGGUGCUCAUGAUCAAUAUCUGAAGCUGGAGUCGCACAUCAAGCUGUACAUCACGGAGAUGGAGAAAUGCCUGUAG